GCUCUGUCCCUUUGCAAUCUCUUCGCACUGGCCCUCUUCACCGUCAGCCUCGCCGAGGACCCCCCCGUCGCCGCGUCCGCCACAGAGCAGCCGGCUGCGGCGGAGCACGGCAAGGCGGCAGAAGCUCCGGGCCACUUUGUUUACUGCAGCUGCGGGGUGACUUGCAAAGAGUCUGCUACAUCAUGGAGCAACAUGUUCAUCGUUGGCAAAGCUUGCGCCUGCAGCGCGUGCCCCGAGGGGGACAGCACGAUUUUUCUGCGCGGCUCCGCCAGCCAGGACACAGCGCCUGGCACAGAGAGGGGUGCGACAUCGCCGGCGCGAGGGGAGGAGAAGCAGCACGAGGAUGAAGUGCGCGCCGCUGCUGUAGUUCAGCCAGCCGCAGCUGAGUCUCUAAACAAGGCAUCAAUCAUCCUCCCGGCUGAGGAGAAGGGCGCCAAGGAGGCGCCGGGCAACUGGGAUACUGCCAAAGUCGCGAACUUCAUGUACUGCAAGUGCGGCAAAUACUGCGUGGACAGCCGCGGCAUCAAUCUCUGGAAUCCUUACUGCUUCCGCUAUGCAUGCCGGCCGUGCUAA